AUGAACAAACAUUUGAACACUGACGAAAUACUAUUAAAGACUGACAUUUUUACGAGAGUUCGCGUCCUGUCGAGCUCUCGAUUUGAGUCAUUCUCGAGUCUCGAGCAUGUGAACACGGAAGUCAUCCUAUUCGAGCAAAGUUGGAGAUCCUCACAUUUGAUUCCUUCUGUUUUCUCGGCAAAACGUGCAGCAUGGGUACUUCCGCGGUGCACAGCAUCUACUAUUUUAAUGGAUACACGUGUUGCGGAUAUUUUGGAUAGUGCAUCGCGCGCCGACGUUCGAGGAAGAUUGAUGAGUAACAAGCACUAUAUUUGCGUCGAAUCAAUUUAAAUGGCGGAAAGUGGAGCGUCUAGAAGGAUCGAAGGUAUUUUGAGAACCUGGAUAGCACGAUUCGGACGGAGGCGGAAACUUGACGACGAGAAAUGGAGGGUGGCGACGUGUCCUGUCGAGUGUUUUCGCAAGGCGGGAGUCGAACCCUUGGAAAAACAGACGCUAAAUUGAAAGUGUCGUGCUGCAAGAACGCGAAGUUGCCUCUUUUCCAUCUAUCCACGUGACAUUAUCGUCACAACGUCC